UUACUCGGGCAUAUCAUUUAUUAUUUUAUUUGUCUUAUACAUUAACCAUCAAAUUCUUUUUUUCCACGUAAACUCUUUUGGUACUUUUCCCUGUUUGUCCUCUCGGUUAAUUUAAUCGUCUUAUGCGACUAAAGCUAAACUUGGAAUAGUGGUCAACACGGUAGCUGCCCCUGCACCGUGCCUCGGUUCCCGGGUCGGCUAUCUCCCUUAUCCAACCACCGCAUCAUGCUGAUUUCAAUUACUAAAGACCGUCUCACUAAUAUUAGAAUCCAAACCCCUCACGCUGCACCGCCGCAUCACCAACCACGUUUCUGACCAUUUCCUCGCAUCUCCGUGCGAGUCUCAAAGCCUUUUUGGACGGGCCGUCAAACGAACCUAUGUAUGGUGGUGCUCUCUAACAGCCCUUCCCUCCCUAUAAAUUCUCCUCCUCGAUCUCUACCUGCAUUCUUCCUCCCUCCCUUCUUUCUCUCCUUCCAUGCCAUGGGAAACGAAGCCACCGAUGAGAAGAAGCCCUUGCUGUCUCCGCUGGCCAGCGGCAAGCUGUCGUUGUCGCUGCGACGGCGGGGGGUGACGCUGCCCGCGGUGCUCGACAUCGUGCCCGCCCACGCCGCCGCUGCCGGCCGCCGCUGGCCCAAGGACAUCGACUACACCAGCCUCCGCGACAUCAUGAGUUCCACGCCGCCGCCGUCCGGGAUGGCGUCGCCUACCACCCCCGGCGCCCCGGGGUGCGGCGGGGGACCCGGCGGCGGUGGGGGCGGCGAGAUCAGGAUCCGGAACCGCCUCGUGCAGCAGGCGGCGCACGCGUACCUGCAGCUGACGCCGAGGGCGGCCGCCCCUCCCCCCCGCGGGCUGCUCCGGCGGGCGCUCGCCGUCCUCUCCUGCGCCGACCUCCUCUCCCCCUGCCUCCAUUUCUUCCGCCGCCUCUUUCGAUCCUUGUGCCGCUUAGGAUGAUAGCACAACCUUUACAUUGUAUACAUCAACCGCUGAUCCGUCGACGAAUAGCAAAAGGAUUCGACAAGCAUUCCCCAAAACGAAAAAUCACGAUUCAAAUCGAAAAAGAAACGUCAAUAACCAGUAAUUCAUCAUCAUUUUUGUCUAUCUUUAAUCUCCCUAAAUUUACAGCAAUUGUGUGA